AUGCAAUUCCGCUCCCUUACUGCCGCCAGGAGCUCCCUGGCGCCGCAGGCAGCGUCCUCCUCCGAAGCAGCUGCGUCUGCACCUGGGCAGCCUGGACCUUCGUGCCCUGCCCCCGGGGCCUCGCGCGGGGGGCGCCCCGGGACACCUCCUGAGGGCCGGGUGGAGGAGGAAGAGGAGGAGGAAGAAGACGUGGACCGGGACCCCUACCCUACGCAGGACACCUGGUCCCGCUGCUGUCACUUCUCUUUAAGUGGGAGAAGAGAGCCGGGGAGAGCCAUGGGGGGCUGCGAAGUCCGGGAAUUUCUUUUGCAAUUUGGUUUCUUCUUGCCUUUGCUGACAGCUUGGCCAGGCGACUGCAGUCACGUCUCCAACAACCAAGUUGUGUUGCUUGAUACAACAACUGUGCUGGGAGAGCUAGGAUGGAAAACAUAUCCAUUAAAUGGGUGGGAUGCCAUCACUGAAAUGGAUGAACACAAUAGGCCCAUUCACACGUACCAGGUAUGCAAUGUAAUGGAACCAAACCAAAACAACUGGCUUCGUACAAACUGGAUCUCCCGCGACGCAGCUCAGAAAAUUUAUGUGGAAAUGAAGUUUACAUUAAGGGAUUGUAACAGCAUCCCAUGGGUUUUGGGGACUUGCAAAGAAACAUUUAAUCUGUAUUAUGUGGAAUCAGAUGAGUCCCAUGGAAUUAAAUUCAAGCCAAGCCAGUAUACAAAGAUUGACACAAUUGCUGCUGAUGAAAGUUUUACCCAGAUGGAUUUGGGUGAUCGUAUCCUGAAGCUAAACACGGAAAUUCGUGAGGUGGGUCCUAUAGAAAGGAAAGGAUUUUAUUUGGCUUUUCAAGAUAUUGGGGCAUGCAUUGCCUUGGUCUCUGUCCGUGUUUUCUACAAAAAAUGCCCCUUCACUGUUCGUAACUUGGCUAUGUUUCCUGACACCAUCCCAAGGGUUGAUUCUUCUUCUUUGGUUGAAGUAAGGGGCUCUUGUGUGAAGAGUGCAGAAGAGCGUGACACUCCUAAACUAUAUUGUGGAGCUGAUGGAGAUUGGCUGGUUCCUCUUGGAAGGUGUAUCUGCAGUACAGGAUAUGAAGAAAUUGAAGGUUCUUGUCACGCUUGCAGACCAGGAUUCUAUAAAGCAUUUGCUGGGAACACAAAAUGUUCUAAGUGCCCUCCACACAGUUUAACUUACAUGGAAGCAACUUCUGUCUGUCAGUGUGAAAAAGGUUACUUCCGAGCUGAAAAAGACCCACCUUCCAUGGCAUGUACCAGGCCACCUUCAGCUCCUAGGAAUGUGGCUUUUAACAUCAAUGAAACAGCCCUUAUUUUGGAAUGGAGCCCACCAAGUGACACAGGAGGGAGAAAAGAUCUCACAUACAGUGUAAUCUGUAAGAAAUGUGGCUUAGAUACCAGCCAGUGUGAGGACUGUGGUGGAGGACUCCGCUUCAUCCCAAGACAUUCUGGCCUCAUCAACAAUUCCGUGAUAGUACUUGACUUUGUGUCUCACGUGAAUUACACCUUUGAAAUAGAAGCCAUGAAUGGAGUUUCUGAGUUGAGUUUUUCUCCCAAGCCAUUCACAGCUAUUACAGUGACCACGGAUCAAGAUGCACCUUCCCUGAUAGGUGUGGUAAGGAAGGACUGGGCAUCCCAAAAUAGCAUUGCCCUAUCAUGGCAAGCACCUGCUUUUUCCAAUGGAGCCAUUCUGGACUACGAGAUCAAGUACUAUGAGAAAGUCUACCCACGGAUAGCGCCGGCAUUUUGGCACUACCUGCGGGUAGAAGAGCAUGAGCAGCUCACCUAUUCCUCCACGAGGUCCAAGGCGCCCAGUGUCAUCAUCACAGGCCUCAAGCCAGCCACCAAGUACAUAUUUCAUAUCCGAGUGAGGACUGCAACAGGAUACAGUGGCUAUAGCCAGAAGUUUGAAUUUGAAACAGGAGAUGAGACUUCUGACAUGGCGGCUGAACAGGGACAGAUUCUCGUGAUAGCCACCGCAGCUGUUGGGGGAUUUACUCUCCUCGUCAUUCUUACUUUGUUCUUCUUAAUCACUGGGAGGUGCCAAUGGUACAUCAAAGCUAAAAUGAAGUCAGAAGAGAAGAGGAGAAACCACUUACAGCAGAAUGGGCAUUUACGCUUCCCAGGAAUUAAAACUUACAUAGAUCCAGAUACAUAUGAAGACCCAUCCCUAGCAGUUCAUGAAUUUGCAAAGGAGAUUGAUCCCUCAAGAAUUCGCAUUGAGAGAGUCAUUGGGGCAGGAGAAUUUGGAGAAGUCUGUAGUGGGCGAUUGAAGACACCAGGGAAAAGAGAGAUCCCCGUUGCCAUCAAAACUCUGAAAGGUGGCCACAUGGAUCGACAAAGAAGAGAUUUUCUAAGAGAAGCUAGUAUCAUGGGUCAGUUUGACCACCCAAAUAUCAUUCGACUGGAAGGUGUUGUCACAAAAAGAUCCUUCCCGGCCAUUGGGGUGGAGGCGUUUUGCCCUAGCUUCCUGAGGGCAGGGUUUUUAAAUAGCAUCCAGGCCCCGCAUCCAGUGCCAGGGGGAGGAUCUCUGCCCCCCAGGAUUCCUGCUGGCAGACCAGUAAUGAUUGUGGUGGAAUAUAUGGAGAAUGGAUCCCUAGACUCCUUUUUACGGAAACAUGAUGGCCAUUUCACAGUCAUCCAGUUGGUCGGUAUGCUCCGAGGCAUUGCAUCAGGAAUGAAGUAUCUUUCUGAUAUGGGCUAUGUUCAUCGUGAUCUAGCAGCUAGGAAUAUAUUGGUCAACAGCAACUUAGUAUGCAAAGUUUCCGAUUUUGGUCUCUCCCGGGUACUGGAAGAUGAUCCAGAGGCUGCUUAUACAACAACUGGUGGGAAAAUUCCGAUAAGGUGGACAGCCCCAGAAGCUAUUGCCUAUAGAAAGUUCUCCUCGGCAAGUGACGCAUGGAGCUAUGGCAUUGUCAUGUGGGAGGUCAUGUCCUACGGAGAGAGACCUUAUUGGGAAAUGUCUAAUCAAGACGUCAUUCUGUCCAUUGAAGAAGGCUAUAGACUUCCGGCUCCCAUGGGCUGUCCAGCAUCUCUACACCAGCUGAUGCUCCAUUGCUGGCAGAAGGAGAGAAACCACAGACCAAAAUUUACUGACAUUGUCAGCUUCCUUGACAAACUGAUCCGCAAUCCCAGUGCCCUUCACACCCUGGUGGAGGACAUCCUUGUGGUAAAUGGACCCCACAGCCAGUGCCCAUCAACAGAGCUCUCUAACUGUUCUAUGGCUGUAGAAGCAGGCAGAAUGCCAGAGUCUCCUGGUGAAGUUCCUGAAUAUCCUUUGUUUGUCACAGUUGGUGACUGGCUGGAUUCUAUAAAGAUGGGACAAUAUAAGAAUAACUUCAUGGCAGCAGGGUUUACGACUUUUGAUCUGAUUUCAAGAAUGAGCAUUGAUGAUAUUAGAAGAAUUGGAGUCAUACUCAUUGGACACCAGAGACGAAUAGUCAGCAGUAUCCAAACUUUACGUUUACACAUGAUGCACAUACAAGAGAAAGGAUUUCAUGUAUGA